UGGCUGGAGGAGAGAUUCAGAGGGAAGGAGGGGUUAAGAUAGCAAUGUGCUGAGCCAAUGGCUUUUGCACAGAGCAGCUGGCUGGCAUCAGGGCAGGCCGCUCGGAGGAAGGAUACCUUGACAACGGCUCCUCUUCGCUUGCUGUAGGACACUGAGGGUGACUUCCAGGAGGUGUUCAUGGGAUGCACUAUCUACGCUGCCAGCCCUAAGGCCCUGCCUGCCGACGAGGCCCCAGGCCAGGACGGAUACUACCAGCUCCCCCACCUCCGCCACCCUCAUGGUAGCUGCAGUCAGAGGAUAGCAGCCAGCAGAGCCAGGGCCAGGAGCAUGACUGAUCAGCCGGAGCAGAGCAUAGAAACAGGCCUGCUCUCGACACAGGACCUGGACCACUCCAAGGACGACGACACACACGGCCACUUCAGGUUUCAGCUGAUUGAAGAUCUGUCCUAUGAAGAUGUGAAGAAAUGUUACCGGGGCUCGUGUGUGUCUUGCAGCGGCUUGCUCCAGGCCUUGGAUAUGCGUGAGUGUGUGUGUGUGUACGGUGCCAACAUGCUGAGCCUGGUGCAGAGCUCGCGCCCUUUGAGGGAGAGGGUGGUGUCUGCGGCGAGUGGAGCCAGAGUGGCCGGUGGUGGCGGAGUGGCGGGUUGCGCCGGUGGCGCUGUGCAGGCAGGCCGGUCUGCUAAGGAGAUGCUCAUGACUCUGCCCUGUCCCUCUGCACAGACUGUCAGCAAGUACAACUCGCAGUACCACAAACUGUUCCAGUGUGUGCCCAAGGAUGAAAUCCUCAUGAAAGUGUACUCCUGUGCUCUUCUCAGAGAUAUUCUUCUACAAGGCCGGCUCUAUAUUUCCAGGAACUGGCUGUGUUUCUAUGCCAACCUCUUUGGCAAAGACAUUAAGGUGGCUAUCCCUGUUGUUUCCGUGAGGUUAGUGAAGAAGCACAAAACAGCGGGCCUUGUGCCCAAUGGCUUGGCUAUAACAACGGACACCAGCCAGAAGUAUGUAUUUGUAUCGCUGCUGUCAAGAGACAGUGUAUAUGACGUCCUCCGUAGGAUCUGCACUCACCUACAGGUCAAUGGGAAGAGUCUGAGCUUGAAGCAGUUCAUGGAGAAGCCGACCUUAUCAUUGGACGAGUUCCCAGUUCCAGACGAGUUCCCGGUGGUUGAUGAAUUCCCAUCAGUGUUAAAGUGGAGAAGGAAACCCUCAGUGGUGUCUGUGUCGUCCUCCCUUCCUGACCUCUUAGGGAACUCCCCCAGCAGCCUGAGCGCCGUAGACACACCCUUCAAAUCAGAACAGCCACUGGAAGAGCGAGCUCUGCAAACAGACAGAGGUCUUUUAGCAGAGCCACUGGCGGAGCUGGGCCAGAUGGAGUACCAGCUGCUCAAGUUCUUCACCCUGCUAAUUAUUCUCCUCAUCCUGUCAUCGUGCUACCUGGCCUUUCGUGUGUGCAGUCUGGAGCAGCAGCUGUCCUUCCUCAGUAAUCCAAAUCUGCCCCUGAGAGAGAGGUAACCACUGCUCUCAGCUGUGACCCAUUGGAUUAGCGGCUGUUUUCUCUUCUCAUGCUUUGAGCUGGCGAUGCCCUCCUGCACUUAUCCUGGACCAGCUUUAGAGCCCAGAAAAGAUAAACCCCUGCACCCUCCGCCAAACAAGAAGGACCCGAGUCCAGGCAUCUCACAGACCUUCCCCUCCGUGGAAUGACUUCUGAUUUAGUGAUCACUUCCAGACUAUGCAAACAGACUGUCUAUUUAUAUCUGAAUUUAAAGUAGGUUUGAGUGUAGAUUAUGAUUGUCUACCAUGGCCUGUCACUCUCACAGACAUUUGAUCUUUACCUCUAUAUUAUAACCUCUAUAUAAAAUAGUGAGCCGAUUGCAGUUGAAGCUGCAACUUAUUCCACUGAUGAAGUUAAGGAGUGGUGAUGGAGACUAGAUAUUAAUGAAUUAAUAUCCGACAUUUUCUGACUGACAACUUUUUUUCUGGUGAGAACUUGGCAUAGCCCCAUAUCGACCGUAAUUGUUAUUUUGUUACAGUCUAUGCAUAGCCCUCAGUCAGACGGAUAAAACAAGCUAGGACAAUGCACUUUU